AUGCCUCCGACGCCCACCAUCUCCAAACAGGGGAUUGAGAGCAUCAUUCACCAUGUUUUCCUCCCACCCAAAGUCCCUCAGGCCGCUGAAGACGAUGAUGAAGUCACCUUCUCAAAUGAACUUACCCUUCUCAAGCUGGCUGGCGAUGCACUCGCUUCCUUCUCCGCCCAUGUCGCGCCUGAUGAGACGCCCGCCGUGGAAAAAGCACAUCAAGCCGUGCUCCAGCUCUAUACCCUCAAAGACCUCUCACAGGAAAAACUUCAACAGGCAUUUGGAAAUCUAUGCAAAGAUGGUGGCUAUCUUCCUCUUCACGUCCAUGCCCAGAACGCUGCCAUUCUUGUGAGCCGCGAAGACAAGACUAUCGUGUUUGAAUUCUUUGAGCUCAGUCCUACCAACCAAGCCGUCAUGAGUACCGAAGGCCGUCUCCGACGCCGUUUCCCUGCCUCCGCGGUCUCGUUCGCUCUAUCAGUUUUUCACAACGAUGACAUCCAUGCAGCGCUCGCCGCCGCCAUUGACAAGAUGAAUCGGCAGCAGGUCGCCGAAAUGAGGCCGCGCGCGAGGAAAUCUAGGCAUGAUCAAAUUGAAGAGCGCGACACCAACAAUCCCAGCAUCGUCACCGACUUCCUUGCCACCAUCCUUCGCACAAAGGGUGAUGUGGUACAAGUGCCCGUCCUCGCAAAGAACACUCGAGAGCAAGUCAACUGGCAAGAUGCGCGGCUGCCCUGGAGACGCUCUCCAUCCUGGCUGCUUACACGUGUCGCUAUUCAGACUAUUCUCUCGCGCCACCAUGAUGACGCUCUCUACAAACAAUUUAUGGUCUUCUUCAUGGCGCAAAUCUUGGCUGCGGCUCUGCCGCGAUCACUUCCCCGCGAGGUCAUCUACUGUAUGGUAGCCAAAAUCUCCGGUCGCUUGCAGAAGAUGGAGAGGACUUCGAGCAGGCCGUGGUUACAGUCAGUGGAGUCAGUCGUUGCUGCCGCAGUCUUGUCAAUGGAGCAGUCAUGGGAGGCAACUAACCAGCAGGCGGACCCACCGCAAGACAUCAAGCUCAUUCCCUCCAAGUUGCUCGACCGCGACACGCGUAUCAAGCUUCCCGCUCUGGACAAGUUUAUUGAAUCCUUGGGCUUGCGUAAACCAAUUGUGAAUGACGGGUCAUUCACGCCAACUUGGUCAGUGCCGGAAUGGACAUCAUCAAGUCUCCCUGAUCCUGCUUUUCGUCAGACUGGCGACGGCGCUGUCGUUGACCUUUUCGCUUUUGAAGCCUGGGUUGCCGUCUACUUGGAUACAUGGACUUCAUUGCAUUUGGACAAGGAGGCAACUCCAUCAGCCUUGUUCAAAUUGAUGGAAGCAUAUCACUCUUCCGCACUGAACCAUUAUUGUCACAGCCCUAGGUCCAUCUCUCUGAUGGUUCUCACCAUUCUGGAACUCUGGGUCGCCUGUGAUAAAUCCGUCUGCAAAUCUCAACCUCUCCUAAUGGAAUAUACACACCAAAUGCCAAUUGAUAUCCUUCAGUCGCUCAUCUUACCAUCUAAGUCCCAGAUGGAGCGGCUCCAUCGCGCCGAGACGUACAUGCAAGACCGUCACAGCUCUGCCCUGCGACGAGCAACGCCUUCGAUCUUCCACUCUUUUGGCCAGCCGAAGUCCUUUGGUGUCAAAUUCUUUUUAUCAUCAGCUCAUCAUCAGAGCGUCAAGACCACUAUCGAGGCUCGGGCGCAACGCGAAAGACAAGCCAAAAUCGCGGAGUUCCAGCAAAAGAGUGCGCAAUACAGGACUCUCAUGCAGCAGAGUCAACAGCGCCAAUGCGAAUAUUACACAGGCUACAAUCGGAGAAACGGCGUUACAUUCACCAAUCAUGAUAACAACUGCCAGAAGUGCAGACUCCGAAAACAAGCCGAAGCCAUCAGUAUCACCGUGCACGAGUGGCCGCUUCCAGACGCCCCCGAGCUGGCACAGAAUGUGGUCUUCGAAUUGCACGUUCCUCACGCGUUUAGUAUAUGGCGUGAUGCUACUGCAUUUGUCGUCUUGACCGUUUUGCAAUUUCAACAGCCCGAUUCGACCGAAGCCGCUCCGGAAGAGUACUUGUAUAGGUACAUGGCCCGCGAUUUCACAAGCUCAAGUUCAUGCGGCCGAUUUACUCUGGCCUCAAUAGCCAAAUCAAACCAGAGAACUCACAGAAAAAUGCAAUCACUUCAAACUGUAUCAGAAGACGAUAUUCUACUGGAAAAUGGCCUGCGUUAUAAAUACUACGACCAAAUUGCCUCCAAAUGGGUGGUCCCGUUUGCUGAGACACAGAUCCUGUCCACUGAAUGCACAUAUCAACUUUCGAAGCCAUGCAGCAGCCUGCAGCAGUUUAUAAUCCGUCCGCACCAGAAUCCAAAUGGCAUGACAGCAAAUCAUGCCAUAUCGCAACAAUCAGAGUGCCCGGAGUAUCUCUCACUGGAGGAGUUUAAAGCCUUGGCAGUCUUGCCUUGUGGAUAUCGUAUCCAAUGGCUUAACAUCUUGGCGCAACUGCACAUGCCGAUAAUCAAUUUUACAAACCCCGACGUCGUUCUUAUGAUACUUCAAGCAAGCCAGCAAGCUGGACCGCCCAGCAAAGAUGGUAUCUACAGAGCGGGGCACUGGCCGCUCAAUGAUGAGGCAUUUGCUCUUGCUUUUCUGAAGGGCCUUGAUGCUUCAUUGGGAAGAACAAUGCUUUCCAUUGCACAAAUUUGCGUCGCUUCCUUUGACGUUGAUGAGUGUCAUCUGCACAAUAUCCUUGAAUCUUCGUCACAAGCUGCGGUGCUUCUCGAAUCGUCCAUUAUUGCAUAUGACGCCUCCGUGGGAGACUCAAGCUCAGAUACUGAAUCUAUCCGCUUGAAAAGAACAUUAUUCAAGGCGCGUAAUCUUCUCAAAAAUUCUAUUGCUUUAGAGAACAGCCCAUCGCUCGAUAUGGCGCUGCGCAAGACUUGGGCUGGCUACCCUGGUGGUGCAGCUUGGAGCACAUGGUCGAGCAAACAUGAGCAUUGGCUGCUUGCCUCGACUUCAACAAGCGAGGAAGACAUUCCGCUACGUGUUCAAUACAAUCUUCUUACCGGAGAACUGUUGGUGAACGGUCUCCCUUUGUCCCGUUUGCCAACGCCGUACCAGCAACAUCCGACUUACGCAACGCUUUUUGGCAAGGCUGCACUGGAGAUUCUGCCAACCAACAUACCUGGAAUGGCCUUCUCGUCGAAAAAUCUGCAUCAUGGAUAUGCACUAUUUUUUGCUAUACGAUCUCAUUCCGGCUCGAGUCUUUACGCAUGA